AUGUUGACUUUUGGUGUUCGAACUGGACUGGAUCUGGCCCUCUUCUGCUCAGGUAUGCCGUUUCUCCCUCGUGUUUUCCAUGCCUGGAUGAGUUAUGGGCUGAUGGGUGCUGGCAGUGGCAAAGUUUGGGGGUGCAGGUUUUCUCCGCUGAAUCCUUUGGUUUGUAUGAUGAGACUGAUCAAAAUUUUUAAAAAACACUCUGUAAGUCAGAACUUGUUAAGAGGUGUUCCACUGGUGGUAAUUUGGAGAUUAUGGAGGGAGCGAUGCAGAAGGGUCUAUGAAGAUAGCUCACUCUCGGCCUAUGCUGUGUUUCUAGAUAUCUGCUCCACUCUGCGUCUUCAGGCUUAUGGCGUUAGACCUAAAGAUAAGGAAGGCAUGAUUGGUAUGGAAUUCUUGAGGGCAUUAAAGCUGAUUUUCUUUCCAACUGGUUCUCUCUGUGAUGUGGUGCUUUCAGUUUGGAGGACUCUGCUGGUUUCCCUUGUUCCUGCUGGUUUUUCAGGCAACAUCUGUUUCUUUAAUGCUGUUGUGGGGGUUCUCAUGUUGCUUUUCUGCUGCUUGUUGUCUGGAUGCACUGUUCAUGUGAACUGCUUCGCGAUUGCUGCAGAUUGUCUCUUCCAGCUGAUCUCAGUUGGUUUAUUGACUGGAACACAAUGUUGGUAUUUCACGGUUCUGUUCAGCAGCAUUUCUUCUCUGUCCAAGUCCACUGCUCACGUGAGCAGUCCGGUUGCUGCACUGCUGAAUCUUCUUGUUUUCCAGCUGGUUUUCCAAUUGGUUUCUUGCUUGUAUGAGCCACUCAGCUGGCCUCUCUACUGUUUUUUUGGUUUUGCAAUGAAGGAGUGCUGGGGGCUCGGGAUCCCAGCUGCUUUCUCUUAUGGUGUUACUGCUGCCUUUUCUGAUGAAUUUCAGCUGCCUCUGCUCUCACCCUUUGCAGCUGCUUUUCAUGCGUCUGUUCACCUGAUUACAGCUGGAAUUUCAGCUGCUGUUCAACUGGAUUAA